AGGCGGGAUGGUGGGAAGCGGCGGAAGAAGUCGGGAGAGAGAGAGAGAGAGAGAGAGAGCAGCUCUUGCUUGAAUAGCUGCCCUAGCCUGCAUUUGCUUGAUUGGAUUUGUGUUAGUUCUAGUUGGAAAUUGAGACAUGCGGUGCAAUAACUUCUGGUCAUAUCUUGUGGAACAAUGCCAGAUGGAAAGCGGAAAUCCUCUUGCACAAGUGGCGAAAAAUGGGGACCUUGAAAAACCUGACAGAGGCGCAUGCUGGAUAGCUCUUGCUUGCGGUGAUACAAUGGACUAUACAGCCACACUCACCCUUGCCAAAGAACGGCAAGAGGCUGCCGAAGCAGAGAGACUACGGCUAGCAGCGGAAGCUGCAGCCCAAGCCCAGCGUCAAGCUGAGGCAGACCAGUUGGCGACCGAUCAGCUGAACGCCGACAGCGCAGAACUUCUGAUUUCUAGCCAAGAACAGUGGACAGCGGUACUCAACGGGAUGCGUUAUGUUCCCGUAGCCGACACCGAGCCAACGACAGAGCUACAGGAGAGGCAAAACCUGGCAGACAUUCUACUCAACACAAUGCGCGCAGUCAUCUGGAACAGCACCAUGGGGGAACUUCAUUCCAAGUCCACACGGCAGCUGCAGCAAGAUCUGAACCACAACGUGAAGACACUUGCCGCAGCCAUCAAGGUCGCGGACUCCCAGCUGAAACAGUUGGACACCCGCAUUGCUACUCUGGAGACAAGGCCUCCCCAAGCAGCGCCAGGCUGCACGACAGACACGACGAAGCAGCUCAACGGGCGCAUCGAUCAUGUCGUCAAUCUCAUCGGCGACCUAGGUGCUUUCACUGGGCCGGACACGAUCAGUAGCACGGUGGCCGCCAUCAAGACGGACAUCACCAAGCUGCAGAUGAGACCGGGCGCCGCUACUAAGAGUUUCAAGAUGCCGCAGUUCACCAUCAGCAAGUUCGACGACUACAACAAGACAGACACUUUGACAUGGUGGCAAGGUUUCCUCACGGAAGCAUCUUGUCGCACUGUCCCGGCUGAAGACAUGUUGAAGGCGCUAUACCUACAACUGAUUGGAGGAGCGCAGGCAUGGAUGAAUCACCUGGCGGCUACCAAGCAAUGCACCAUCGCCGAACUGCACACGCACAUUACGUGGAAGGAGUUCGAGCAACUAUGGUUCACUCGAUUCAUGGUCCGCAACGUCGUGAAGGUGGCCAUGAACGAGGUGUACACUUGCUCACAGGGAAGAAUGCCAACUCGAGACUGGACGAUUAAGUGGCAGAAGAUAGUGACCACGCCAGGCUUCGAUUUGAGUUUUACAAACCAACGAUCCGAGUUCUUCUCGCGAUCAUGCGCAGGAUUGAGGUCGACGCUCGGCAACGAGUACGACUAUACCUCGUUCCAGGCUAUUCUGGACCGCGCAAACCUGGUCAUCCAAACGGACGACAAGGCCGCUAACGAGAAGCAGUCCCAGCCGCACUAUGCCAAUCCGAGGUCCGCUACAUUCGUUGACAUUGGCUCCACGCGGAACUACAUAAGCUCUGACCAUAUGGAAAGGCUGCGCCAUAGGACCAGGUUCCAACUGCUUAAUUGCAAACUGGUCCAGUGCCUGGCGACACUUGCGUAUCAUUUUCAUGACUUCAGCCCCGGUGUCAUGACUGAAGAUCGGGAGCCCGUCAAACUUGACAACGGUCUCGCAUGGCGUCGUGCUGGAGCUGGCUGCGGCGCAGAUGUGCUGUUGUGCCCCGGCCUUGAGUGUCCCCACGUCUAUCUCCAAGAUGUUGACGCGGUCGGCGAGGUCGGAGGGGCCGGCGCUGGCAUUGGCGUUAGCGACCCACUGCUCCAGCUGUCGAACGCGCUUGAGCAUCUGGAUGUCAUGUCCAGGUUACAUUAUGCUGAUCUGGUCUCCCAACCUUGCCAUCUGGAAAGAGAGAUUGUAAGGGAUGUUCAUCGAACAUUCCCACAGCAUGAGAUGUUUCAGGAGGAAGGCGGUGCAGGCCAAACUGCUCUCUUCAACAUUAUUAAGGCCUAUGCGACUCAACUCGCGCCGGAGGAUUAUGAAAUCCUCCAAGCAGAAGAACUUCAGGAUGAGUUACAGCGGCAAUUGGAUGAGGCAGCAGAGAGGAGAAGGAAAGCAAUUAUGAGGAAAGUUAGACUAGGGAGUAGAAUGCACGAGUUAAGCAGAUUAGAGCUAGACGAGUCAACACUUGACCCUGCGAUAAGAGCACUGCGUAACGCGCUCUUGUGUGUGGCGGAGACGCAGGUAGCUCAGCAAGAGGUGUUGGCCGAACUAGUGGUAGGCCAGAAACAAAUUCUGGCUGCAAUGCAGGCUCCUCAUCCAUUGAUGAGGCACCCUCAGUUUGUUGUAGCUCCCCCUUCGACCGGUGGUCCAUCAAGGACGCUUCCGCCGGUAGGGCAACCUUUCCAACCUAUGUUUGGCAUGCCCCCUCCAGGUGGUAUUGUAGCGACUAGUGGUCAGGUUCCUAGAGGCUCGGUCGUACCAUCGACAAAAGUGGUUACUACAGUCCCACUGUCAAGUGAGGCCCAGGUUAGCGUGCAGCAACCUGUUUCAAUGGCUAUGCAGCCACUGCAGCAGGCCCCUUGGCCCAUGCAGCCUAUGCAGUGGAUGCCCAAGAUACCCUUGCUGAGUCCUAAGUCCUUCUCCGGCGACAGGAAGAAGGACGAGGAUUUGGAUACCUGGGUAAGGACGGUGCCUACUAACGUGAGGCACAAGCUUACCAGGCCAGAGCAAGAAGUUGUUGUGGCUGCCUCCUUUUUAGAGGGGUCAGCAGCCCACUCGUUAAAUGGCCUAGUGCAGCAGGAGGGCUACGUUCAGGAUUUCGAUGCCUGGGCCCAGGCCCAGACAUUGGAACAGUUCGUACGGUCCGUUUACAACAAGUGGCAUGACCCGCAAGGGGCUGAAAAGGCCACGUACGCGAUCAACAGUCUUUGUGCCAGACUGUACAAGAAUGUGAGAGAGCUCAUGGAUACCGUAGAACGUCUGCUCGUGGUGCCUGGUGUGCGCUAUGACCAGCAGGUACUCCUUACGGAUUACCUCAGAUGUCUACCUUCAAAGGUAAGGACAAAGCUGGUAGAUGAGGCUUAUGUUGAUCAACACAACUUCGCCUCUUUCAGCAAGAAACCCUUAGACAUAGAGGCAAAGUGGGGAUUCGCGCAUCAGAGUCAGGGCGAUGGUAGGAAGAAGAGACUACCCCAAGACUGGAAAAAGAAAGGUCAACUAAUGUUCGUCGACCACGAUGGUCAGGCGACAGAAAUUGACUACUUCCCAGACCUUGGGGAGGACACAGAGCAUGAUGGGGCCAGUGAGACUUCAGAUGGGGGAGUCGUGGCACCCAUCAAAGCAAAGGCUAGGGGGACCGGGAAGAAGAAGGUAGGCCGGUCCACGGGUCAGGGCGACCAAGGCACACCUGCUUGGGUGAAGCUUGGUUUAGAGUACGAGGUGUGGAGGGACCGAGUUGCUAGGGGCACAUGCAUGAACUGUGGCAACUAUUGCCACACGUCACGAACGUGUCGAGGCAACAAAGUUCUGACGAGGGUAGCCUCACCAACGGUGGUGGGACUAUCUUCGAACUCUGACGGUGCUUCUGCGAGCACUUCGCAGGGAAACACCUUGGGCGAGUACGGUCUAUACGAGUUUGUGGUGAAGCCCUUUGGUCUAUGCAAUGCACCUGGUACGUUCCAGCACGCGAUGAACAUGAUUUUUCAUGAUUACUUAGAUAAGUUUAUCGUCGUGUACCUCGACGAUAUUCUUAUCUUUAGUAAGACUGUAGAGGAGCACUCUGAGCAGUUGAAAAUAGUGCUAGGUCUCCUAAGACAGCACCAAUACAAGAUUAACUUGGAGAAAUGCGAGUUUGGUCACACCAAGAUCUUGUACUUGGGUCAUGAAAUCUCAGCAGAUGAACUGAGGCUGGAUGAUGCCAAGGUGGCCAGUAUACGUGACUGGCCCAGACCUCAGACUGUUAUUGAGGUCAGAUCAUUUUGGGGGAUGACGGGCUACUAUCGUCUGUUUGUGAAGAACUAUAGUACUAUAGCUUCCCCAUUAACUGAUCUUACUCGACUUGACACCGCUUGGGAGUGGACUGAAGAGUGUGAGGUGGCCUUCAGGAAACUGAAGUAUAUUUUGACACACUAUGAGGUUCUUAAACUUCCCGAUCCUGAUAAACCAUUUGUCGUGACCACAGACGCCAGCCAAUAUGGCAUAGGCGCGGUCCUUGCGCAAAAGGAGGGGCCCAAGUUGAGACCUAUCGAGUACAUGAGUAAGAAGAUGCCAUCUCAAAAACUAGCGAAGUCCACAUAUGAGCGUGAGCUCUAUGCCCUAUAUAGAGCGUUGGUCCACUUGAGACGUUAUCUCCUCGGCAGAUUCUUCUAUGUGAGAUCUGACCAUGAGACCUUGCGCUGGAUUAAGACACAGCCUGUGCUCUCCGACGCACUCAAGCGGUGGAUUCAAGUGAUAGACAUGUAUGACUAUCAACUUUAUCCAAUCAAGGGCGAGUACAACAAAGUGGUUGAUGCACUAUCUCGUCGGGCAUAUUAUCUGGAGUUUAAGGCAAAGCUUAUUGAGCAGAUGAUGGUCGGGGACGAGGGGGACCCCCAAGGCGCAGGGUCACGAGAGGGGCGGAGGACCAGUCAGGACGAGGUCAGGUAUGAAGGAAAUUAUAAUAGCCACAAGGGAACGCCUAGCACGAAGGGGAAGGACAAAGACGACCCCCCGGCGGAAGGAACGAAAAACGCUAUGACCCCACCCGCCAUCGACAGCGGCACUAGCGGACUGCCGGGCACACCGAAAGUAACAGGGGCGUGUGACGGACUCUGGAGCCUUAGGGAAAGAGUGCUAGGAUGGUUCGACCCAGAAGGAACGCCGAAAACCAGGGAGAAGCAGAGGGAAAGCAAGGAAGGGGAAGGGACCAGUGCAACCGGAGAAGCGGGUGGCUCCGAAGAUGGUCUUACGAGGGUAGUCGCCACCCUCACCAGGACACUAAACAAGAACCAGGGGUAUCUCGCAGAUGCGAAAAAAAAACUCACGUUCGAUGGGGCCAACAUUACGGAGUUUCUAAUAGACUAUGAGAACCUAGCAGCCUUACUGAAAUGGACGGAAGAGGAAAAGAUGGAGCACCUAGGGCAGCACGUGUCGCUAAGCUUGGGAAGGGACAUUAUGGCCAUCGUCGCCUCUAGUGGAUCCUCGAAAGAAACCAGGAAUGAGAUGAUGAGGAAAUACCAGAAGGCAAAGAAAAUGGCAACAGAGGCCGAAUUAGCCGCAGUCCAGAGGAAAAACUAUGCGACUUACAACGAUUUCCUAAGGGCAUUUACGUUAGUGGCGCUGCGAAUUCCCGGGGUAACGGACCGCAUAACGAGUAAAUACUUCCUCAGGCAGUUCUCCGAGUUUGAUAAGGAUAAGAUUUUGUCAGCAUACCAGCAGACCAGUAAGUUCGAGUCCACGAGAGAUGUGGACUUCAGCACCGUAACAGACCUUGCGGAAAAAACAGUGGUCACCGAGACACUAGCCCUGUUUAAGGAAGGGGAGGUCAUAGAUCUGACCGGGAAAACAGGAGAUAAGGUUAAGAUAGGGAUAGAAAGCCUGCACGAGCGAGUGCAUGGGGUAGACAGCAAGAUGGAAAAUGCGUUGUUAGUAAUGGAGGCGCAAGUCUCCAUACCCGCCCUCCCGCCCCAAGAGGCCGUGGUUCCAGCAGCCGUAGCAAACGGGGGAUUUGGCAGGAGGGACCCGGCCAACGAACAAUGCAAGUAUUGCACCAUGAUCGGGCAUUUCGUACGGGCCUGUCCGAGACUCAGUCACGAUAUCGAAUGGCAGAGGUGCAGCAGGUCCCUCAAAGGGGAGAUCCUCGGACCCAGGGGAGAGCGUGUCAAUUGGAACUCGCCAGGAGGGAUGCGGAGAGCCGUCAUCCUCCUGAAUAACUUAGAGAUAGCUGCCGUAGAAGCAGAGCCGAUAGCCGAGAUUGUUUGGGACCAGCCAAGGGGACGGGGACCACAUGCCAAUUUUAUCCUAGAAGGCAAUGGGCAUGAUAGGGUAAAUAUCACUACCCGACGGGUUGGCGCGGAAAAGAAGCUCAUCCGAGACACAGUAAUGGAAGAAGCCGCGGGGGCUAGUGCGGAUCAGGAGGAAGCUGAGGCCGGGGAACAGGAGAAGGUCUAUGGAAAAACGAGGGAAGAGGAACCGUCCAUGCUGCAGGCAAGCCCGAGACUGCUCAAGGGCCUCAGGCAGCUAUUGACGCGUAGACGUGUAGAAGUAGAGGAGGCUCCGGAACCACAGGAACAAAGACCCGAGGAGGCAGAGGCGCCACAAKGAGUCUCUAACCUCCAAAGCAUUCUAGGGGGCCUGGAAGACUUGGAAAAAGCCUUUGCCGAUAUUCGUCUGAGUCUGCCGGACCGAGAAGGUGGCGAAGUAAUGAGAGCACCGCCCGACACUAAACUUAGUUUCCACGCACUGCCCGUUGGAAAACUUAAAGUCCAGGUCGGAACUCACCACACCGAUGCACUAGUGGAUGGCGGCGCGGAAAUUACCCUCAUACAACGGGAUUUCGCAACAACCACGGGGUGCACAGUAAACAGGGAGGUAGCAAGGAGUAUCCGGGGAGCGGGGGGAGAAAUUCCCUUCACUGGGUAUGUCACCAAAUGCGCGAUCAAGGCAGGAAUUUGGGAAUCCAUCUGGUAUUUCCAACGGAUGACCGUCAUGGAAGAAAUGGACCAUGACAUAAUCCUCGGGAGACCAUGGUGCGCCAAUGUAGAAAUGAUUGGCAUGCACCUGCAUGAUGGCACAUAUAUGGUAGACACAGAGGAUCCGCUGACUGGUCGCGGAGAACUUCUCCGACUCCUCGGAACAGGAGGGGACCCUCCCAAGGAGGGCAGUGUGCGAAAAUACAAACCCGUAGGGAAGAAGGCCAAGCCGGUCCCGAUCCUAGUACAAACAUCAGGGGAAGAGGCCAUGGAAAAGGAAGAGGAGAUCCUACGGGUUAUAAGGGAGAGACGCGCAACGGAAGGUCACCGCAUACCAGAUGACGUAGCAGAUACCAUGAAAAUAGGAGUGGAAGGGUUCCUAACACCGGAAGAAACUCAGCUGAUAAGAAAGGCAUGUCUGGAGUUUCAUUUAGCUUCCGCUUUCAACGAUCAUCAGAAAGGGCAAUUGGACGCAAAACUAGUUCCCCCUGUCAGGAUCCACACCGUACAGCAUGAGUGUUGGAAUGAUAAAGGGCCUGCCUAUGAGUUUGGGAUAGCAGCGGAGGUCACCGACCUGCUUAGAGCCAAGAUAGAUUCUUUCGUGGCUGAACCCACCGCAUCCCCCUACGCGAACAAGUGGUCCGUGUUCAGGAAGCCCAAUAAGACACUCAGGUGGAUCCAGGACCUGCAGAAGCUGAAUGCGGUAACAAUUAGGGACGCAGGUUCGCUUCCACAGGCCGACUUGUUGGCAGAAUCUCAUGCGGGGCGAAGCAUUUACUCCCUGAUAGAUCUGUACUCAGGAUAUGACCAACUGCCACUCGAUGCGAGGGAUAGACCGUACACCGCAAUGCACACCCCCGUAGGGCAGCAGCAGAUGCAAGUGACCCCUAUGGGUUUUACAAAUGCGGUAGCAGAGGCGCAGAGGAGGAUGCUCGUCGUUGCAGGGGAUAUGUUUCUGGAAAAGUGUGAACCGUAUAUAGAUGAUAACCCCGUAAAACGCGCAAGGUACAAGGACGAGACGGAGGUCGAGCCGGGUGUACGAAAGUUUGCUUGGGACCACCUACAGGAUAUUAAGGACUUACUCCAGCGAUUCCUAGUUUACAAUAUUACUGCAAGCGGACCCAAGAGCAUCCUGGCCGUCCCGGAAGUAAUCAUACUAGGGUUUCGCUGUGGGGCCUAUGGAAGGAAACCUGACCCAGCAAAGACUGAUAAGAUCUCCCAAUGGCCAACACCCCUGCGCACCAGAACGGAAGUACGAGCCUUCCUAGGGGUGGUCGGAUUUUGGAGGAUCUUCAUCAAAGGAUUUGCCAAGAUAAUCCGCGCAAUGAUCAGGGAAGGGGGUACUAUGGAGUGGACCGAGUAUAGGGAAGCGGCAGCACAGACCCUCAAAGAUAUCCUGUCCUCUGAUCAGGUUACCUUAGCAGCACCCUGCUUUAAUGACGAAGUAGGGCGGCCCUUCAUCCUAGAGACAGAUGGCGGCUCAAUUGCAGUAGGGGGCGUAUUGAUACAGAAAAGCGAGGAAGGCAAGGAAAGACCAAUCAGAUUUGAAAGUAGGACCCUGAAUUCGGCGGAACGGCGGUACUCACAGUUCAAGAAGGAGGUCUUAGCGAUCCUGCAUUGCCUUAAGACCUUCCAUGCAUACCUGUUUGGAAGGCGAUUUAUCCUAAGGAUCGAUCCCACCAACGUCGUCGGGGCUCUAAAGAAUUACAAGCCUAUAGAUCCAACCGUCGGCAGAUGGAUAGGCUUCAUAUGGCAAUUCGACUAUAAGGUCGAGCGAAUUGCGGGGUUUCGAAACAGGGCAGAUGGGCUGAGCAGAGUAUGUAUCACGCCAGAGGGAGUAGAGGACGCGGAACCAAUUGACGCCUUCCUAGAAUACGAAGGGGGGACCCUUGUUGUGGAUAACGAAAUGGCAGACUCGGCGCUUACAACAGAAAGGUCUGCAGUCGAAGAGCGUUGCAGGCGUGGUAAGGAUGCUUGGGGCGGCAAAAGACGGGGACGGGAUGUUAGGGGGUCGUGGUGGGGAGAAUUAACAGGUUCUUCUUCGUCCAAGAACAGAGAUGGAGGAAAGGGGAGUACACUGAGGUUGGGAAGUAGGUCGAAGUCGGCGUCUAGGACGGCGAAGGCUACGAUUGAGGAGAUUGUCGCGGUGGCAUUCAUCUCUCAGGCGUCCACCCACCCGACGGUCAAGGGUUCGCCCUCUGUGGACCCCACGAACCUCCGCGUUGUUCUUGCGUCUCUCCUUGCACCUCUGCAAGCGCGACUCGAUGUGCUUGCACCCCUGGAGAGGCAAGUCAAUGCGCUUGCCCUUGAAGUUCACCGCCUCAAGGGUUCUCCUCAUCGCUCUCUCGACCGCUCUCAGACUCCAUCGCCUACCGGCUCGGAGUCCAGCUCUCCACGACUCCAGGGACGGAGACGUGGUGGUUCGUCCUCCUCCGCGGGUCAGGCCCAACACUCCCCCUCCACAGUGGUGAGUGUUGCUGCCGCUCAGACCAUACCGUUUGUUGCGGCACAUCCAUUGGUCGUCGCCGCCCCCCCCGCCCCUGCAGCUUCGGCCACUGGUGAUGUGUUGUCGCCCAGAUACCGGUAUCUGGCGAGACGAUUUCAUCUACCCACCCCGGUGUUGCUUCCCAACUUCCUGCACCGGUCGCGACACUACGGCCCUGAGUUCUUCCUCCUCCCGCUGGCGUGGGUGAUGGAGGAAGAAGAAGGGUCGGAGGUGGUCACCUAUGGUGGACGGGUGUGGGUGAUGGAGGAAGAAGAAAGGUUGAGGGUGGCCGGCUACGGUGGACGGGCGUGGGUGAUGGAGGAAGAAGAAGGGUCAAAGGUGGUCGGUUAUGGUGGACGGGUGUGGGUGAUGGAGGAAGAAGAAGGGUUGGAGGUGGUCGGCUAUGGUGGACGGGUGUGGGUGAUGGAGGAAGAAGAAGGGUUGGAGGUGGUCGGCUAUGGUGGACGGGUGUGGGUGAAGGAGGAGGAAGAAGGGUUGAGGGUGGUUGGCUAUGGUGGAGGGGCAUGGGUGAUGGAGGAAGAAGAAGGGUCGGAGGUGGUUGGCUAUGGUGGACGGGUGUGGGUGAUGGAGGAAGAAGAAGGGUUGGAGGUGGUCGGCUAUGGUGGACGGGYGKGGGUGAUGGAGGAGGAAGAGGGGUUGGAGGUGUUCGAGCUUGGAGGAGCGGUGGCGACACCUGUGGACUGGCGGAGGGAGUGUCGCUGCACGCGAGCAAAGACGGAGCCUCGAAGACGAUUAGUAGCUUCUCGUAGUUUGGUUUGGGAAAGGUUGUUCCUUGUCGGACCGAUGGAAGUGAAUGCCUGGACGGCUGGCUCCAAUGGCCCUACCGAGAUGUGCGAGGCGAUUCCCGAGAUUAACGGUGGGUUCACGAGAGGCAAGUCGGGAUGGGGUAUUCUGGGCAAGAAGGGCAGUGGCGUUUGGGAAAAGGGUAGGAAAUGUCGGGGAGACACGAGUGAGGGGUCUGAAAAUGAUUCUCAUCUAGAAGGGAGACAAUCUGACCAUGAGGGACCGUGUGGUGCUCUCAUGUGGAAACAGGACGGGCGUCGGGAAAACGAGAUGGCGCGAUGGUUGUCGCCCCCUGUCUACUCUAGUGGUCCGGAAAUGCCCAUAGAUGUAAGGGAAGGGGUAUCUGUCGUCCUCCCCGAAGAAGGAACGUGGACAGACCUGGAGUCAGCCUAUGAAACGGUGAUGCUGGAUGAAAAGGACGCGUUCCUUUGGAUAGAGAUGAUUUGGACUAAGGUCAGCCUGACGAGACUUUCACCAAGACUGAUGGACUUAGAGUUUCGAGCGACGGUGGAAGCCCGAGGGUGGGUCUACCUAUCCCAGGAUAUGGAAAAUGAAAUGGUGAUAAGAUUGGUAUCAGGCACGACACCGGAUCAGUUGUUUAGGCAAGCGGAACGGGAGGUGGUAUGGGCGGCGUGUCAGCGGGCGGAAAUGGAAAUGGAAAAGGUAGAGGUGCGAGUGGAACUCGGGGACAGAGGAAACAUGAGACGGCCCCUUAGGACAUUGAGAUGUGUACUACCCCCGUUCCUGGGGGACGCAGUCUUCGGAACCAGGGACAGGCUGGAGCAAAUAUAUCGGUUGAUGACACGCUUGAGGUUGGGACCGCUAAAUCGAAAUGGCGAUGAGACGCGUCCGGAUGUCGCGACGGCCCACGCACCCCCGACCCCCCACGGAAAGCGGAGACGGAUGGGAGGUAUCGCUCCCAGCAAGCUACAGGGUCCGAGGGAUCGAUACCGAAUGGAGAGCUGUAACCUUGGGAAGGGACCAGGCGUUCAUGAUGGUGGAAUGCUUGUGGGAUGGCGGACCGCAGAAUACAAGGCGAGACUUAUUGAACAAAUGAUGGUUGGGAAUGAAGAGGAUCCCCUGGGGGAAGGGUCGCGAGAGGGACGCAGGACCAGUAAGGGCGAAGCCAAGUACGGAGCAAAAGAUAACAGCCAUAAGGGAACACCCAACAAGAAGGGGAAGGAAAAGGGGGAGUCCCUGGCUAUAGAGGCAGAAAAGGCCACGACCCCGCCGGCUAUCGACAGUGGCGCUAGUUGUCUGCCCGCCACGUCCAAAGCAACGAAGGAAUGCGAUGGACUCUGGAGUCUCAGAGAGAGGGUGUUAGGCUGGCUUGAUCCGGAGGGUACGCCAAAGACUGGGGAAAAGCAGAAGGCAGGCAGGGAAGGAGAGGGGAAUAGCGCGGUCGGUGAGGCGGGUAGCUUUGAAGGGGGACUUAAAAGGAUAGUAGCCACCCUCACCCGGGCUCUGAAUAAGAAUCAGGGGUAUCUCGCAGACGCAAAGAAGAAACUCACUUUCGAUGGGGCAAACAUCACGGAAUUCCUAAUAGAUUAUGAGAAUCUGGCAGCCUUACUGAAAUGGACUGAGGAAGAAAAGACGAACCACCUACGGCAGCACGUAUCGUUGAGCUUAGGAAGGGACAUUAUGGCUAUCGUCUCCUCUAGUGGAUUCUGGAAGGAAACCCGGAAUGAGAUGAUGAGAAAGUACCUGAAGGCGGAGAAAAUGGCGACAGAGGCUGAAUUGGCGGCAGUCCAAAGGAAAAACUGUGCUACUUACAAUGACUUUCUGAGGGCGUUCACUCUAGUGGCACUGCGAAUCCCCGGGGUAACGGACCGUAUAAUGAGCAAGUACCUCCUUAGGCAGUUCUCCGAGUUCGACAACGAUAAGAUUCUGUCGGCCUACCAGCAGACCAGUAAGUUUGAAUACACAAGGGAUGUGGAUUUCAGUACGGUAACUGAUCUUGCAGAAAAGAUAGUGGUAACUGAGACCCUCGCCCUUCUCAAGGAAGGGGAGGUUAUAGACCUGACCGGGAAGACGAGGGAUAAGGUCAAGAAGGGGAUAGAGAAUCUGCACGAACGAGUGCACGGGGUUGACAGCAAGAUGGAAAGAGUGGAAAAUGCGUUGUUAGUAAUGCAGGCGCAAGUGUCCAGACCCGCCCUCCCGCCCCAAGAGGCCGUAGUCCCGGCAACCAUAGCUAAUCGGGGAUUUGGCAGGAGGGAUCCGGCCAAUGAACGAUGCAAAUACUGCGCAAUGGUCAGACAUUUCGUGAGGGCUUGCCCAAAACUCAAUCACGAUAUUGAGCGGCAGAGGUGCAGCAGGUCCCUCAAAGGCAAGAUUCUCGGACCCCAGGGGGAGCGUGUGAAUUGGAACUCGCCAGGAGAGAUGCGGCGAGCCGUCAUCCUCCUGAAUAACUUAGAGAUAGCUGCCGUAGACGCAGAGCCGGUAGCCGAGAUUGUCUGGAACCAACCAAGGGGACGCGGACCACAGGCCAAUUUUAUCCUAGAAGGCAAUGGUGAGUUGCUGGGUACCAUGGUAUCAGUGUCCUUUCAGACCAUGCUGCAAGCCAGCCCAAGGCUGCUCAAAGGACUCAGGCAGUUGCUAACACGUAAGCGCGUAGAGGUAGAGGAGGCCCCGGAACCACAGGAGCAGGAGACGGAAGAGGCAGAGGCACCCCAAGGCGUCUCCAAUCUCCAAAGAAUUCCCGGGGAUCUAGACGACUUGGAGAAAGCUUUUGUGAACAUCCGCCUAAGCCUACCGGAUCGUGAAGGUGGUGAAGUCAUGAGGGCGCCACCCGGGACAAAGCUUAGCUUCCAUGCAUUACCGGUAGGGAAACUUAAAGUCCAAAUCGAAACUCACCACACUGACGCGUUAGUAGACGGCGGUGCAGAAAUCACCCUCAUACGACGAGAUUUUGCAACAGUCACGGGGUGCACGGUAAACAAGGAAGUAGCAGGGAGUAUCCGGGGAGCCGGUGGUGAAAUCCCUUUCACAGGGUAUGUCACCAAAUGUGCAGUCAAGGCGGGAAUUCGAGAAUCCAUCUGGUCCUUUCAGCGAAUGACCGUGAUGGAGGAAAUGGAUCAUGACAUAAUCCUCGGAAGACCGUGGUGCGCCAAUGUAGAAAUGAUAGGAAUGCAUCUGCAUGACGACACAUACAUGGUAGACAUACAGGACCCAGUGACCGGCCGCGGAGAACUCCGACUUCUUGGGACCGGAGGGGACCCUCCAAAGGGCAAAUUGGCAACCUGGUCGCCAACAUUCGAAGAGAGUGCGCGGAAGGGGGCAUUCGCAAGGAUGGAAGCAUAUGACCAGUUGUCGCUCGGUGCGAGGGAUAGACCGUAUACCGCCAUGCACACACCAGUAGGGCAGUUGCAAAUACAAGUGACUCCUAUGGGUUUCACGAAUGCGGUGGCAGAGGCGCAGAGGAGAAUGUUGGCUGUAGCAGGAGAUAUGUUCCCAGAGCAAUGCAAACCAUAUAUAGACGAUAACCCCAUAAAGGGCGCGCAAAACAAGGAUGAGACAGAGGUUGAGCCGGGCAUGCGAAAGUUUGUCUGGGAUCACCUGCAGGAUAUCAAGGAUCUCUUACAACGGUUCCUGGUUUAUAAUAUUACCGCAAGUGGACCAAAGAGCAUCCUGGCUGUUCCGGAGGUAACCAUAUUGGGGUUUCGCUGUGGGGCUUAUGGGAGAAGACCCGACCCAGCAAAGACAGAUAAGAUCUCCCAGUGGUCGACACCCCUGCGCACCACGACGGAAGUACGAGCCUUCCUAAGGGUGGUCGGGUUCUGGAGGAUCUUCAUCAAAGGAUUCGCAAAGAUAGCGGAGCCUAUCCGCUCGAUGAUUAGAGAAGGUGGCACUAUGGAAUGGACCGAGGAUAGAGAAGCGGCAGCCCAGCCCCUUAAAGACAUCCUGUCUUUCGAUCAGGUCACCCUAGCAGCACCUUGUUUCAACGAUGAGGUAGGACGACCCUUCAUCUUAGAAACAGAUGGGGGACCGCUGACAGUUGGAGGAGUACUGAUACAGAAGAGCGAGGAAGAUGGGCUGAGUAGGGUGUGUAUCACGCCGGAAGGGAUAGAGGACGCAGAGCCAAUUGACGCCUUCUUGGAAUACGAGGGAGGGACCCUCGUCGUGGAUAACGAGAUGGCGGACGCCGUGCCGACAAUGGGUCAGUUGCUGAUCCAGACUCUGGAAAAAGGCGCCCCCGCGGUAGUGGCGGAACUCAGGAAAGGACAGGUCACCACGUUUAGACACAAAGAGGGAAAGGAUUCGCGGGGAGCAACGUUAGGACCCAAAGAGGAACUGAUGGCAAUGGCCGUCGAAGAGGGACGGGACGCUGUGAUGACCCUAGCAGAGACCUGGGCGCAAAGGGAGUGGCGGUACCUAGUUAACCAGACUCAGGAGGAGCAGGAUGCUGAUCGGAAGGAACAAGAAUUCUUCCUUAUACAGAUGUACGAGGGCGUCUUCAGGGAAAUCGGCCUAUUGCUUAUAGGAAACAAGCAGUCCACGGAAGUCGGCCCCAAGGCAAGGGAGGAAGCCGAAAAGUACAUCCUGGAUGCGAGGGAUAACCUCAGUGGCUACGUAGAGGCGAUAGCACUCAAGAGAAAGACAGGGAAGGGAGUGGCCGAUUGGAAAGAGGAUUUCUACCUAAGACACCCCUUUGUGCGCAGGUUCAUAGCAGACAACGAGACGGAGUUCGUCAUUCAGCAGGUAUUGAGCAGGCUUAAGACCUUGUGCGUACCCAUCAAGAUCAUUGAGCCAUAUCACCCUGAGGCAAAUGCACCGGUAGAAAGGGGGCACCGGACUUUGAAGAACACAAUCGUCAAGCUCGCAGUGAAUGAUUUGGGAAACUGGCCACAGUUCCUUAAGCACGCAGUUUUCUCAGAGAACAUGACACCGAAAAGGACAACAGGGUGCAUUCCAGCAGAACUUUGGUAUGGGAGGGAGAUUGAUUUUCCGGCGGAAGCCUUAAUCCCCACCUGGAAUAGGCUAGAUGACAAUCCACGUCUGUCUACGGAAGAAUUAAUUAUCGCAAGAUGCCAGCAGGUCGUUAGAAAUGAGGAAGCCUUGGAAGAAGUGGUCAAGCGCGUGAUGGAUAGCCGAAUGAGGGACAAAGCAAGAUGGGACCAGGUGAAGAAUAUCCGGAAAUAACCACUCCAAGUAGGGGAAAAGGUGGUAGUUAGGAACUCGGCCCUUGAGAGCACGUGGUCUGUGCAGCUGGGGAAGAGGUUCAAAGGGCCCUACAGAAUCG